AAAAGACGACGAAACUCCACAAAUCCCUUUCUGUUAUCUUUUGCUAUGAUCAGCGGGAGUGCUGUGAUUAUUCUUCGCCCAAUAUAUCUUGUCAAACACUGGAAAGAUGAAAGAGCUGCUAAAGACAAUACGAUCAAUCCCGAUACUACUGAGGCGGUGAUGAAGAACAUACGAGGGAUUCCAUUUCUGAUCCAAGUGAGUUCUACUGAGGGGCAACCUGUUUCACAAUUAGCGAUGUAG